UCGAUUUGGCGCGAAUAUUUUUCUGAACAGCGAAGAAAUAAAGUCGUUUUAAUGGAUAUCCGGAAUUUUUUCCGGCCGCAGCCGGCUACUACAGCGGAAAAAAACAAUAACUCGAAGACAGUUGAAAUUAAAAGUAGAGAAAAUGAGUUGAAAAAAACUGCAUCAUCUCCAGCUAAAGUAUCAAAACCGCUGAAAGGGGAAGAAACAAAAGGAAAAAGUCGAUCAGAGAAGCACGAAUUGAAACAUGGGAAAAGAGACAAAUCAAUUAGUAAGAAGCGACGUGAUAGUGAUGAGAGUGACGUGAUUGUGAUUGAAGCCAAGGAAACAGAGAGUGAGAAGAAAGUCAGGAAAGAAAAGGUCGAGAAAAAGAAGCGAGAAGAUGAUUUUAUGGCGAGUCUCAAGAAGGAGGAGGAGGAGGAAGGAGCACGACGGAGAGAUCGGAAACUAAAGGCGGGGAACGGGAAGGAACGGAAAGAUGGUGAACAAGACAAGGAGGAGGUGAACAAGUCAAGUCGGAAAUCCAAGGGUCGGAAAGAGGAGGUUGAAGACAAUGUGAAGUCAAAAUCCAAGCAAAAAGAAAAAAAUGGUGUCGAUGAGAAGAAACCUCGGAAGCGCAAGGUCGUAUCGGAGAGUGAGGAGGAGGUGGUGGUUGUUGACGAAAGUGACACCGGGGAGGACGUCAAGGACACAAAGAGGAAGAGACGAUCAAAAAAGGUUGCUGGUGGUGAUGAGGAAAAAGCAGAAGAAAAACCGAAGAAAGGAAGACCAUCCAAGAGAGAAGAGAAGAAGAAAAAAAAGAAGGGGACCAUUUUAGAUUCAGAUUCUGACGGUGACAUCAUCCCAGCCACACCACAACAGAAGAAACCAAGACGGAGGAAGAUGGAGGUGACAGUGGUGAAUGACUCAGAUGAAGAGGAGAAACCUAAACCUCUUGACGACAUGUUUGCCAAGGCAGCAAUAGCAACACCGAAAGCCGCUAACAAGAAACCAUCGCCGGCCAAGAAGGGUACGCCGGUGUCUGUCAUGGACUUCUUCGGGACAGGGACGGUUCAUAGGACGAGUGGAGUCAAGCCAGGCAGCGGAGUCAAGAGAAAGGCAUCGGAGAGUGUCGAACCCAUCUCGAUUGAGGACUAUGACAUUCACGAUGACGACGACUUCGAUGAAACAUUGAAAUUACUCGACACAGAGAACCUGGUGAAGAAGAAGAUCAAAUUGGAUGAUGACAUCGAAUUGACGUCAUCCGUGGUCAACGUCAAAUCAGCCAAGAAAUCGCCCGAGAAAGCAUUAGAAAAGCCGAGCCUAGCUGGAAAACUCUCCGCUAAAUUCAAAGCUUGUUCUGAACCUCCUAGAAAGAUGUCGCCAAUGAAGGGCAAAUCUCCUGUGAAGAUGGAUGUCGACCAGGUUGAUAACGUCGCAAAGGUUAAAACUCCUCCGAAGGGAAAGACGCCGCAGAAAGUGGUAUUCACUCCUAAGGCAGUGACUCCGUCUACUAAAUCCUCACCACCAAAGGCUAAGGAAACGCCCAAGACGUCUCCUGGGAAGCCCACUUCUACGAACACAAGUCCUAAAGCGACACCUGGGACCUCCGAGAAAAACCGAGCUGCGUACAGGAACUAUCUGCAUCGGGAGGGGCCAAGGGCACUCGGGACAAAAGAAAUCCCUGAGGGGGCGCCCAACUGCCUUGAAGACUUGACGUUUGUUGUGACCGGAGUCCUUGAGUCGUUGGAGAGAGACGAGGCCAAGAGUUUAGUCGAGAAAUAUGGCGGGAAAGUGACAACGACUUUGAGUAAGAAGACGAGCUAUGUGGUGAUUGGUCGAGAUGCUGGAGAGAGUAAGAUGGCAAAGGCGCAGCAGUUUGGUACAAAGCAAAUAGACGAAGAUGGUUUACUUGACUUGAUCCGGAUGCGGCCAGGCAAGAGGUCCAAGUAUGAGAUACAGGCUGAGAAGGCCGUUGCUAAGGAAAUGUUGGAGAAGAAGAAAUCCAUGGUUUCCAGUCCAUCCAUUCCAAAAGUGCCAAGAAUCGCCCCAGCAACAAGUAGCCAAUCAAGGGGAGCGGACACAGACAGUCAAACAUCUGAAUGGUCGCAGAAAACGGCCAGUCCAACAAAGAAAGAGGGCAGCACUGAAUCAUUACUGUGGGUGGACAAAUAUAAACCGCAGACGAUGAAACAGAUCAUUGGACAGCAGGGAGAGAAGAGCAACGCACGGAAAUUACUCCUUUGGUUGCGAGACUGGCAUAAGAACCGUGCGCUCGGGAAGAAGCCGUCUGGAGGGUUUAAUCGGUGGAAUGAUGACGGUUCUGGUCACAAGGCGGCGCUAUUGUCAGGCCCGCCUGGCAUUGGAAAGACAACAACUGCGACGUUAGUUGCUGAGGAAGCUGGGUUUUCGUUUAUUGAGUUGAAUGCGUCCGAUUCAAGAAACAAGAAGAGUUUACAAGGAGACGUGGCCGAUUUAUUGAAGAAUCGGUGCUUAACUGGAUUCCUUGAGACUGGUCAGUUACAGAGUGGUGCUGCUAAACAUUGUUUAUUAAUGGAUGAAGUGGACGGCAUGUCGGGAAAUGAGGAUCGAGGUGGAAUGCAGGAAUUAAUCGCCCUCAUCAAGCAGUCAAAAGUGCCAAUAAUCUGUAUGUGCAACGACCGACAACAUCUAAAAAUACGCUCGCUUGCCAAUCAUUGUUUUGAUCUCAGGUUCCAGCGGCCGCGUGUCGAACAAAUCAGGGGAGCAGUGAUGUCCAUCAUGUAUAAAGAGGGCGUUAAGAUACCACCACCAGCCGUAAACGAAAUCAUCCAGGCGUCCAAUCAGGACAUCCGACAGGUCAUCCAUAACCUUGAGAUGUUCGGUGCCAGCAAUCGUGCUCUCACGCAUGAGGAGGUGAAAAAAGAUGCUAAUGCUGCCAAAAAAGAUUUUAAAAUUGGGCCCUUUGACGUCUGCCGGCAAGUGUUUGCCGCUGGGGACGAGACUGCCAAGAUGACACUCAAUGACAAGGCGGACCUCUUCUUCAACGAUUAUAACAUCGCUCCGUUAUUUGUGCAAGAAAACUACGUCCAUGUUCUGCCGAGGGAAGCAGGGGGUGAUCGGCGGAAACACUUGGACUUAUUAGCGAAGGCUGCAGACAGUAUCUGUGAGGGGGAUGUUGUAUCACAGGCGAUCAGGAGUAAACAGCAAUGGGGCUUACUGCCCCUCCAGGCUGUCUACUCAAGUGUGAUCCCCGGGGAGCUGCUACGUGGUCACAUGGGACAGAUGAUAGCAUUCCCACAGUGGCUGGGGAAAAACUCAUCACGGACGAAAGUGGAUCGGAUAUUAGGAGAGUUGGGCACUCAUAUGAGACUAAGGAUCUCGGCUAAUAAAGAAUCAACAAAUAUGGAAUAUCGUCCGCAUCUAAAGGUGAAACUGACAAAGCCUCUACAGAACGAUGACGGGUCAGGUGUGCCGGAGGUCAUACAGAUGUUGGAUGAUUAUGAUCUGUUGAAAGAUGACUUUGAUAACAUACUUGAGAUCAGCCAGUGGACGGGAGCAAAGAAUGCUAUGGAGGGCGUCGCCACUAAAACCAAGUCUGCCUUUACUCGGAACUACAACAAAGAAUCUCACCUCUUGCCGUACGCUCAAAGUCAGGCAAUCAAGAAGUCACGGAAAGGUGCCGCGUCACCUGCGGAGGAACUUCUUGGUGAGGGGGAGGAGGAGGGGGGAGUGGAGGAGGAAGCAGAGGAGGAGGACGACAUCACCAAGAACCCCAUGAUCAAGGUUGUGAAUGAGUCUGCGAAGGGGAAAGGCAAGGGCAAGUCAACAAAGGGAAGUCAGGAGACGAGUGGGAAGGGAAAGGGCAGGUCAAGUCAGGAGUCGAGUGGGAAGGGAAAGGGCAGGUCAAGUCAGGAGUCGAGUGGGAAGGGAAAGGGCAGGUCAAGUCAGGGAGGCGGAGCUAAGGGAAAGGGCAGAAAGAACUGAACAAUGGGUUGUUGGUUUGCUCUUGUUGUGCGAUGUAAUAGGAUUAAAUAAUGUUGAAAUAUUGAGCCAUUGUACAGAUAAACAAAUGUAUGCGAUGUUCAAAGCAAAGCUGGUGUCGACGGGUGAGCUAUGAAAGCUGGUGUCGACAGGGGUGAGCUAUGAAAGCUGGUGUCGACAGGGGUGAGCUAUGAAUCGGGUAGGAUAGUGCUUAUAUGUAGAGUUCUUCCAUUCUUCGAAUCACUGUUCUUGUAAAUACUUGUAAACUUAGUCUUUGAUGUGCUAUGGUCAGGUUAUUUGGUACAUUCGCCAAGUAAAAUAAUAAAACUGACAGAUUUUGUACAAA